AGAAACUUCCGGAUGCACCCAAACAAUAGCGUUCUAAUUGCGCGGGAAAAUUCACAAACCAGAUUGGCGCCACAGAAACCCUAAAACUCGGAGUUUUCACUUCCACAUCAAGCUCACUCUGAAGUUUCCAUUUGAUCGAAUUAUCUAUUACAUUUGAAAGCUUCUAUGCUUGAAAUCCCAUUGCAGUGCACUGUUCCUUAGGAGAUGGAGAUAGAUGGGCUAUGUGUUAUCUGUGCUGGUCUCGGAAUCGUCGAAGAGGAUGACUACGGUAAUCGGAUCGGUUACUCCAAGAGCGAGUACUGUUUAGAUAAUUUAAAGGAUUUACUAAGGUUCUUGAGGCGCGAUGACCCGCAGACUCGCGAUGUUUUUAAGCAAGUUUGUAAAUGGAACAUUGUGGCUAAAGAUCUGAUACCCAUUAUUGAAUACUGUCAAGAUGAUCGCAAUGUAGUUCUAAAUGCAGUGAAGAUUCUGGUGUUCCUCACAAUGCCUGUUGAUCCCACGUCAAGUGACAUUGCUCAACAGAUUGAGUAUUUAUGGGGCUUGAAGUCUUUAAUCACUUGCAGUACUGUGACUGCUAUAAUUGUUUCACUUUUAGAGAGUCCGCUGGAAAAUCUGGAUUGUGGAACAUUCUCAGAAGAUGACUGGAAAUUGAUGCAGCUGGUUAUAACACUCUUCCGAAAUGUUUUGGCUAUUCAAGAAAUCUCAUUGCAGCAAAAGGCUGAUGGGUCAGCUUGUCAGUUAAUAUUGCUGAGAGACAAAUUUCUGGAAGUUUUAUUCCGGGAGAAUGUAAUGGACAUCAUAUUGGUGAUAACGCAACACAUUGAUGGUUCUUGCAGCCAUCUCCGUCAAGACAAAUUACUCUUUCUGGAAAUAUUUUAUUUCAUAUUUAUGGGCCAAGAGCCGGAGUUAAUUGCAAAAGUACCUCAAAACAGCAAUGAGGAAAAUGUAGAAACGGUAUCUUCUGUCAAUAGUCUGAAGUCUAUGAUGGAGGAAGAUAGAAGAAAGCUCUCUAGACUACACAAUACGAACCGCCAUUCGCAGUUCAGUGGAACUUUUACGCGGCAUACCUUGGAUGGUUCAAAGUUAGUACUCAAAGGAAAGCCAUCUUUGACUUCUUGUAACAGCCUUAAACCACCUAAAGUUUGUCGAGGUCCAAUUAAAAAAAUUGCAUGGGACCAUGGAAGAUUAACAUCAAAAAAUAGCAAACUUAUGCAGUUGCUUCAUAAUUUUAUCAACCAGUUUCUUUCAGGCGGCUACAAUGCUCUGAUGCAGUUGGUUUAUGAAGAUAUUGAAAAGGAACAUCAUUCUAUCCAAAACAACGAUGUGGUUGUUUUCUUUGAGGUCGCACAGUUUGCUAUUUCUUUUCAGUAUCACAAGUUUUCAACUUCAAAGUUAAUUGAAGCUGAUACCAGUGAGGAUCAAACGGAACAUGUCGAUUCCACAUUUUUCCAAGGUAACAUGUGCGGCCCAAUAGCAGCUACAAUGAACGAGGCAAUGUUUCAGUUAGUUGUUACAAAAUGGCGUUAUGCAUUUGAAGGCUUAAAGGAAACAAGUGAUUUUAAGUUUCUGUCUGCAGCUGGCUGUCUGAUGAAAAAUAUGAUCUGCAUGCUAGAUUUGGUGCUAAAAUUAUUACCAGAAGAUUCAAAGGAACCUCAAACAGCUCGUAUUCUACUUUACAAAUUAUUUUAUGAUCAGACAGAUCAAGGGAUGACUCAAUUCCUCUUAAAUUUGCUCAAGUCAUUCAACACUCACAAACAACCUAAAAGUGAUCUUGCAGAUUUAGUUGAGAUGAUCUAUAAAGUCGUACAGCUCAUGGAGAACCUCCAAGCUCGUGGAACACUUAGGGUUUCUAAAAGAUCAAGGAGAGGAAGAAAGGCAAAGUCAGCAAAUAAUAGGGAUAACAAGCAGUCAGAAGAUCAGGGAGCUGAGAAUAAGACUGCCAUAACCCAUAUUGAGCAACCGACCUAUACCAUUAUUGGUGAGAAUAGUAGCUUAAAUGCAAGUUCUGGUAAUAAGGAAGAGACUUCUGUUAUUGAUAAAGCCGAUAAACCGAUACUGCUGGACUUAAACAUGGGAAGUUUUGAAGGCAGUUCGUCACAGAUGGAGAACAAAAAAUUGAAUGAUGGUUAUAGCACAGCCGAUUCUUCUAGUGAUGAGCAGCAAAAUACAACUGUGGAGGUUGAUCUAAAAGUAUCAAGUCUAGUAUCUACUUUCGCCAACAACAACAUUAUUCAGAAAAUAUGCUGGUUGCUUAAGUUUUACAAGAGCAAUUCUACUAACACAAACCAUUACAUAAUAUGUAUGUUACGGAGGAUCACCGAGGAUUUGGAGCUUUCUCCAAUGUUGUACCAGUUAUCUCUCCUUCCCACAUUUUAUGACAUUCUAUCUGAACAGAAGUCAAGUCCAUGCAAGGAACACGCUAAUAUGGUUGAUUUCCUAACAAUUUUGGUGAGAAAGAUGCUAAGGAAGAUAAAGAACCAGCCACUUCUUUUUGUGGAAGUUCUCUUUUGGAAGACCCGAAAAGAAUGCCAUUACAUUGAUGCCGAGUACUUAGUGCAUGAGCUUGGUUGUUGGAAGAAAGGAAGUAGAGAGGAAAAUUUUACCGGGGGUGAUGAAAAUAGCUCGUUGAUGGGCAAGCAUUGGACUCCUAGAAGCAUAGCGGAUGCACUUGGUGAAGAUGAAGCUGAUGUUGUGAUUCCCUCCAAUGAUUUUGGAUUUCAUGCUGAAGCAAAGUCUGACGAAGUUGAGAGAGGCCUUGAGUCUACCACCUUGGAUGAUGAGAUAGAAGGGAAAGAACACAAUGAAAAUGAGCUGUCUAUGGAUGAUCAAUCCAAAAGGCUUCCUAAAAGAAAGAGACUUGUUCUUGACGCUGCACUGGGGACUAAAAUUAAAGAUCUUUAUGAGAAAUUCAAGGAGGACAGGAAUUGUAGCAGACUUAUCGCGGAGAAUCUUGAUACUGAUGUCAAAGUUUCGCCUGCACAAGUUUCCAAUAAGCUUAGACAGAUGGGGUUAAAAGUUACUCAAAGAAAGAAGAGGCAAUAUGCAGAUGAAGCCUUUUCUUCUAUCUCCAAAAACCUUGAGGGAGAAAGCAAUGGGGUAGAAAGAAAUAGUUCACUCAACUCAAAUAUUUUGGGGGAAAGUUCAUUGAGUCAACCUUCACACGCUAGAAAAAGAGUUCUUGCUUUUGAUAAAGAACAUGAAGUGAAGAUCAGAGCUCUAUAUGAGCAGUUUAAAGAUCAUAAGAGAUGUAGUUCUAUGAUUGCAAAUGCGCUGGAUGCUGGUAACAAAUUCACUUCUGCGCAAGUUUCUCGAAAGCUCAAGCAGUUGGGUUUGCAUAUUUCUCAUCGGAGGAGGUCAAGUGAUGGGGAGCACAAUGGUUCUGUUACUGAUAAGGAAUUUGGAAGUGAUGAUGAAACAUUGCUCUCGUUAAUAAAUAGGAAAAAAAGGAAGCAUCUUGCCAAGUCAACAGAGGAGCUCAGUUCCAUCUCAACACAGAGUAUCUUAAUUGAUGAGGAAUCUGAAGGUGUAGCUACAGAAAGGUUUACGCAAAGGGAGGAUAGCAAUCAAGCCAGUAGGUUGGAACCAAUAGGGGUUGGUAAAGUGCCGGUAGAAGAUGAAAUUGGCUUGAUUGACUUCACAGAAAUUCAAGGUAAGGAUGCUGAACCUGGCAUCAGUAUGAAUGAUUUGAUGCAAGAGGCGAUCGAUAAUGAGUUUGUAGAUUCGGAAGAUGAAGUGGCUCCUAGUGUGUAUCGAGCAAGUGCUACAACUGGAAGAAAGUUGAGGAUUGUUGAUCUUGAGGAUGAAGAAUGAGAUGGAUAUCCAGCAAGGGCGUUGCUCAAAAUGUAGUUGCCCAUAACGCCCGAGUGGAGGAAGCUCAAGCUAUUUGCUUACUACCCAAGCGUUCUCGUCUGAAGCACUUUUAACGAAAUCAGCACAACCAAAAGUUGGAGAUCAUUUUGUACAGCUUGAUUUUUGUACAUUAUUAUACUUGUAAUUUUCAACUCAUGUGUUGGGCAGGCGACGUUUUGAUGGUAGAGAUUAGAUGAAGUUAUUGCUCUUGUUGGGAAAUCUGAGAUGUGUAUUUCUUUUUUUAUUUUUUUUUCCCUCCUUUUGGUGGUGUUGAAAAAUAGGCUGUGCUUUAUACCAUAGGUUGUAAAUAUUAAGAUUAUAUUUGAUAAUGAUUCUGCCCCUACGUUUUAUUUAUAAAAA